AUCGGCAACGGGCAGCUCUGUGCCCGGGCAGCGGGCUUGCGUCGAACUUUUCUGGCUGUGACGGGCUUCAGGUUUGCGGAUCUUGAUGUGCAGCUGCCACCGCCAGCGUCCUUCAUGCGGCUUCUGGAUUCAGAUGCGAUGGCCUUACAGCGACGCGGCGGCGCGGCGGACUGGUCUGGUCGAACGGAGCAUUGCGCGGAGGAGGCAACUUUUGACGGCCUCACACUUCGCGUGCCGCCAGGUGUCUUUGUUCCAAGGAGGUCUGCCCUUCCAAUCGUGGAGGCCGCGGCAGCAGUGAGCUCCGGGGCUUUCCGGGUGCUGGAUUGUGGCACAGGCAGUGGAUGCAUCUUGUUGGCAUUGCUGAGUCGCUUCGGCGAAGCGACUGGCGUCGGCAUCGAUGCGGACGAGAAGGCCGUGGCAGCGGCAAGCAGCAACGCGGAGCUGCUGUCCUUGGAGGAGCGUUGCGAGGUGCAGCAUCGAAAGUUUGUUGACAUUGAGUUGAUGCCCGAAGAAGGCAUCGAGCCCUUUGACGUGGUAGUUUCCAACCCGCCGUAUCUCCCCGCGAAACUCAUGAAACACGUGGGAUUCGCGAGGGAGCUUCAAAGCCAAUCUACCGCGGCCUUUGCUGCUGGCGAGGAUGGGUUGCGAGCGUACCAGGAGCUUGCGCUAGCGCUGUCCAAGGCAGGCGUGUUGAACGAUUCAGCGCACGUCGUUAUGGGCUGCCAGCCCGGGAAAGCCGCCUGGGCUGCUGAGCCCUUCGUGGAGAUGUCCUGCUACGAG